AUGCGCUACCUGCGAUUUGUUAAAAAGGAGACCCGCCGGUGCCGGUUGACCACCGACAAGUUCACGCACGUGAGGAAGUACAUGCCCAACAAGCCGGACAAAUUUGGCAUCAAGUUUUGUCUGGCAGCUGACGUUGACAGCAAAUACAUGCUGAAUGGCUUCCCUUACCUGGGAAAAGAUGCCAGCAGGCCAGCAACACAACGGCUAGGAGAGAAUGUGGUGCUGAGACUGGUGGAGCCCUUUGUUGGUAAGGGAAGAAAUAUAACAACAGACAAUUUCUUUACCUCCCUCCCUCUCGCCAAAGCGCUUCUCGCCAAAAACACCAGCCUAGUGGGAACCAUCAAGCGCAACAAGCGGGAGCUCCCACCCUCUGUGCAAGGGAGAUCUGAGCUGUUCAGCACCAAGGUGCUGAAGAGCGACAAAGUGGUGCUCUCUGUCUACCAGUGUAAGCCGAGGAGAAACGUGACAAUACUGAGCACGCAACACCAGCAUGUGGCCAUCUCCACAGAAAGAAAGAAAAAGCCAGAGACUAUAGAAUACUAUAACCACUCAAAAGUGGGGGUUGACGUGCUCGACCAAAUGGCUCGCCAAUAUUCGGUGAAAGGUGGCACGCGUAGAUGGCCCGUUGCUGUGUUUUACAAUGUGCUGGAUCUCGCUGCCAUCAAUGCCUGGGUGCUGUACCGGAGCUGCAUGAGCCAGGAGAACAUCCCGAGAAGGGACUUCAUGCUCCAUCUGGCACACAAGCUGCACGCUGAGUGGAUGGCAUCAAAAGCGCCACCACUUGCGGACCUGCCCUUCAGCGGUGCAGAAGAGCGCAGGAGAAUGACCUGCAUGGUGAAGGCGCACUGCAUGCAAAAUAAAACGUUCUGCAAAUGUGUCAAGUGUGGGGAUGCUGUGUGUGGCAAAUGCACAGCCAAGGUGCUCAGUGUUUGCAACUAUUGUGUUUGA